AUGGCAGGGUGCCUGCACGUUAUUGCUCAAGAUAUUAUAGUGAGCACAAGAGCUCACUUGACUGCUGAGAGACAGCGAUAUCCCUUCACUCGUCAGUUAACCUCCAUGUUGAAUCCGUGGGCACCAAACCCACGUGGGUCAUUGGGUCACAAUAUCUUCUGCGUGCCGGGAGGGAGCGAGGUGGCGCCUCUGUCGCUUCUGUCUGAAUACUUGACGUUGCUGUGA